AUGGCGCAUGAGCCAGCUUGUGUCAUUCGUUAUGCCGAUGGCGAUGAAGAGGAGUGGCCUAUAGAGCCAGAACUACUAGCAGCAGCUCGUGUGUCGAGCCGUUCUGCCGCAAGGCCUCUCCAGCGUCCAAGCUAUUUGUUUGAAGGUCUGCGUGCACAGCCCUUCUGGCCAUUUGAGACCUUUCCAAAGGUCGUGGCUUUGCUGGAGGCUUGUGCACCGGAUCUGUCCGAAGAGGUUCAGACUCUUCUGGAAGAUGAAUUGUCUGACUCCAGCGAGGAGUCAGGGACAUCCUUGUCAAGGACGCAAGAAGCCAAGAGACGCAAGACUACAAAGGCUGAUGAGAAAGCAGAAUCAAGUUCGCCUUGGCAACAGCAAGGAGAAGGCUUACAUCAAGGUGUUUGGCUGAAGUUGGAGAUUUGGGCCAAAGGAGGCCUCGUCUCCUCUGCGAAGGCUGUGCCACGGGCCAGUGCAGCUAUUUCUGCGGCAAUGGCUACAGGUGAAGCCAUGGCUUUUGCACCUGGCCGGGCAGCGUUGUCCUACAUGAUGUGUGGGGUGGACGUGUCGCCACAUUGCGGGCCGACGAAUCACCGUUUGAGGCUCCACUUGCCUUUGCUGCUUCCCAAGAAAGCCUCACGCUCCGCAGGACUCACGGUGGCCGGUGAGGCGCGCGACUGGGAGCUUCACAAGUGUUUGAUUUUCGAUGACAGCUUCGAGCAUGAAGUCAAGUUGCCAACCUUCACCGAGCCGGAGGUCCGUGACAGCCUGUUAGAUGAAACCAGAGUUGUGCUGCUCUUAGACUUGUGGCAUCCUGAUGCAGGCUUUCUCAAAGAAACUGCUGAAAGCAGAGCUCUGCCAAGAGCAAAAGAACUCAGCGACAAGAGACUUCAAAGCCGCUGA